GAUAAUUAAAUGAACUGUAAAGUUACGGUUGAAAAUAGUUUUUCUUUUAGUUCAGGCAUAUUUGGAGUCUUCCGGUUUAGUCUCUAAAUGACAACGAUGGGUCCUGAGAACUCUCUUUCCGCCGGACCCGCCAUCUUGUGAGGAAGCAGGGUUAAAACGGUAAAAUGACGAACACACGGGGCAAAAGGAGGGGAACAAGGUACAUGUUCGCCAGGCCUUUCCGUAAACAUGGACCUAUUCCAUUGUCCACUUACAUGCAUAUCUACAAGAGAGGAGAUAUUGUUGAUAUCAAAGGCACAGGAACUGUCCAAAAAGGCAUGCCACAUAAGUGCUACCAUGGCAAGACUGGUAGAAUUUACAAUGUUACCCAACAUGCUGUAGGCAUCAUUGUCAAUAAACAGGUUAAAGGCAAGAUUCUUGCUAAGAGAAUUAAUGUGCGUAUCGAGCAUAUCAAGCACUCAAAGAGCAGAGAUAGCUUCCUGAAACGUGUCAAGGAAAAUGAAAGACUGAAAGCUGAGGCCAAACAAUCCGGCAAAUUUGUGGAGCUGAAGCGCAAGCCUGCUGCUCCAAGAGAGGCUCACUUUGUCAGAACCAAGAAAAAUGAACCCCAGCUGUUGGAACCUAUUCCAUAUGAAUUCAUGGCAUAAUUGUCCUGAAAAUGCAAAUAAAGUUCUGUUUUCCAACAA